UUCUAUAUACCAUCCUAUAUUCUAAUCAGAUCUUUAUUAUUUCCAGUCCAGUUUUCAAUUCCAUGGCCGCCAACCAGACAUCCCUUAAUAUUGUUGAUGCCAGAUUUCCCCUUCCUGGCCAUGAUUUUGAGCAACAAGCAACAUCAGAUAUUGUUGAAACCAAAGACUUCGACUACUCGAAAAGAUCACAGUGGCUACGUGCCGCUGUCCUUGGUGCCAACGAUGGUUUGGUUUCCAUCGGGUCAUUGAUGAUGGGUGUCGGCGCUGUGAAACAAGAUGUUAAGGCCAUGAUACUAACCGGGUGUGCCGGUUUGGUAGCUGGGGCUUCUAGCAUGGCUAUAGGCGAGUUUGUGUCUGUGCAGUCUCAACUUGAUAUUGAGCUGGCACAAAUAAAGAGAAACAAGCAAAGAAGGGAUAGCGAAGAAGUACCGGAAGACGAAGAGGGAGAGAAGGCGAAUUUGCCAAGCCCAACGCAAGCAUCUGCAGCUUCAGCUAUUGCCUUUGCACUUGGUGCAUCAGUGCCAGUUCUAGCUGCCUCUUUCAUAGCACAGUACAAGUUGAGGCUGGGAGUGGUGGUUGGGGCAGUGACCUUGGCUUUAAUGGCGUUUGGGUGGUUAGGGGCUGUGUUGGGGAAGGCACCGACUGUUAAGUCAUCCCUUAGGGUUUUGAUCGGAGGAUGGUUCGCUAUGGCCAUCACCUUCGGCCUAACCAAGUUGAUUGGGUCAACUGGGUUAUGAGUAUAGCAGUAUGUUACACCCUUCUCUCCCGGUACAAUUAAAUCCCAUGCUGUAUAAUUUUUUGUGUUGUUUAUUUUCUUUCCUUUUUCCUUUUUUUUUUUUCCAGUAAUGUACGACGUGUGCACGGGAAGGAGAGGUUCUUACUGUAUAUAUUUCCAUUCCAGAAUAUUUUCACGUUUCGUCU